UCUGUAUCUCAAACAUUCUCACCUUAAUUAUUGCAUCAACAUGACCAAUUUUUUAUUCUUCACUUGUAAAACUCAAGCAAAGAAUCUUACCUUAGCUACAAGACUGUUGAGAAACCCUUUUUUAUAAGCUAUCAAAAGCAUACCAAACUUAACUGGCCAUUUAACCCUCAUCUCCAUAUAAGCAUCUCUCAUCUUGCUGCUACUUCCAAAUUGGCCUGAGUGAGAAACUUAGGAUUUUCCUGAGAAAACAAGAAAGAAAAAAGAAAACCCAUGAAGAUUGACAAGGAAAUCUCUCACCCCAUCCACCUACAACACAAGCUCAAGAUUGAAUACACAGAGAUCCCAUUCUACUGUGAUGGGUGCAAAGAACCUGGCAUUGGCCUCAAAUACAAGUGUCAGAAAUGUGAGUUUGACUUGCAUAAGGCAUGUGCUGUGGCUGCCCCCAACAUCCACCAUCCCUUCUACAACAAAUGUGAGUUUCAUUUUCUUUACAACCCGCCCGGCGCUGCUAGGAGAGUGUGUGAUGCAUGUAGGAAGGAUGUUUUGGGGUUUGUGUACCACUGCUGGAAAUGUGAUUUUGAUCUGCACCCUUGUUGUGCAAACCUCCCACAAGUCCUAGAUGAUGGGGAGCACAACCUUUACUUGUGCCUCAAGUUAUCUAGUCCUUGUCAUAGGUGUGGAGGCAAGGGGCCUGGUUGGUCUUACAGGUCUGAUUGCAAGACCUAUAACCUUCAUGUGUCAUGUGUGAAGGAGUUGCUUGUGGAGAGCUGGCAAGCCAUGUAUCUCAAUGUGGACAAGAACAAAGUUAGGGAAAUGCAGACUAGAAUCCCAAGCCUUAAGGGAACGCUGAAAAACCGUCAUGGAGGGAGAGGAGGAGGAGGAAAGGUCAGAAAGUGUUGCCAGAUUGCUGGUGGUGCCGUUCGUGUUAUUGUCUCUGCCAUCCUGGGAGAUCCUACUGCUCUUAUAGGCGCGGUUGUCGGUGGUUUCAUAUCCAAGUAGAAGGGGGGGAAAUGAAAACAAGUGUGCUUAGUAUGUCUUGUUAUUACUUUUCUUCAUGUUUUCCUGUUUCACGGUUUGUUACUUGGUUACAUGUAAAUUUAUAAGUACUGUGUGUGUGAAUGAUUAGGACCCCGCAGUGUCCUCCAAAUCUGCAUAUUAAAGUUAAAAAUAUGUUUAGAAAUGACAUUGUGUGUCUUUUCUUGAGUAGCAUUUCAUUCGGAUAAGGAAACAACUGAGAAUUGGUGCC